UAGUGAGAGAGUAAAAGAGAAAGAUCCCCGUAAUUCGCUAAUUUCGGUUUUCGCGGUAGGCCCCCAGGUAAUCAGACUGACAGCAGACGUGCGUAUUUUUCUUAUUCCAUACAUUUUCAAAAGGUAUAUUUUUUAAACUUUUAUUUAGUUCUUUUUAAUAAUAAUUAGGUAUACCGUUAAAACAAGAACAACAUUUAUUCAUUCAGAUUAUUAAUAAAUAGUGGCGAUCCAACAAUAAAACGCAUUCUCACAUACCUCGUGUAUGUAACGUAAAAAGGAACGAUUGAUUUCUUGGGCGGGAACUAAGUGGAAGCCGCGCCAAGUAUACAUACCUAUUUACUAAAACCGAGGGUAGUUCUGAAAAUAAUUGAUUAUUAAAAUAUUAGGUUUAUUGCCAAAAUGGAAAAUAAAACAGAUUUAAUUAAAAAUUGCAUUCGCAACAACGACGAACGUAAACUAAGUGAUCUAUUGAGUACAGGGUUAGAUCCAAAUUACGAAGGAGGAUGGCCGAUUCGACUAGCAGCACGUCUUGGAGCGUAUUCUCUAGUGAAGACGCUGCUACAUUAUCGUGCCAACCCUCAUUUGUUAGGAGAUUCAGGUGCAUCGACAUUGCAAUUAGCGGUAUUUUCUGAGAAGCACUGGGAUACCGAUAAAUGGGGAUUCCUAUUGUCAUGUUGCGAUUCUUCUCAGUUGGCUGACGGUGCCGCAGUCGCCAUCGUGUUUCAUAAUAUAGCUGCCAUCAAGACAAUCUUACAAACCGGACGAUGCAAUACUCACAUCCCAACAACAUUGACAGGAAAAACCGUCGAGCAGCUAGCAAAGGGAUACAAGCUAGACAGUCUAUUGACAACAACGCUUACUACUCCGCAGUCAUCGCCAAGAGUUACCAGACAAAACAGGCUGAGCGUUCGAAGCGGCGCGUCUCCUGCACAUCAUCGGAACUUAUCGCCAUCCGUAGCCAGAUUCUUUGACCAAACCGCCGGCCAGCCUUCCCUCACAACACAACGAAGCCCUAUUCAGCUGUCAUCACCUAAUGAAAGGGCCUAAACUUGGAUUGAUAACAGUGAUAAAAAUAUCGUAUAAAAAACAUGAACGCCGGCGACGAAACCCGGCGCUAAAUGAUAGAUAAAUGAGCUUUGAAUUAAUAAGUAGACUUUACGAUAGAGGUUGGUAAAAUAGGUAAUAAUUUGAUGUAAUUAUUUCAUCUUAGUUGAAUUUAUAUUUGUUCUAGUAAGGAAAUGACAAUACCUACUUAUUUAUAUGACAUGAAGCCCGAAUUUGACUCCAAUUUUAUAACUUUUUUUAAAUUACUCUGACAAACAUGUAACUUUAAAUAAAUGACCAUAAAGGAAACAAGUGAAAACCAUUUAUUUUAAUAUACAGUUAUUAGACGUAUA